GACCCGUUCGUGGGAUUCUAUGCUACAGGGUAUCCUGGACGUCAUGAACCUCGAGGAUCCGGUGGGGAAGGUUUCCCUCAGCACCAAGUUAGACGAGGGUCUCGAGCUUCAUAGGUUGGCGUGUCCCGUGGGCGUACUUCUCGUCAUCUUUGAGGCUCGUCCGGAGGUUAUCGCGAAUAUCACCGCACUGGCGCUCAAAUCCGGAAACGCGUGUAUCCUCAAGGGAGGAAAAGAGUCAUCCCACUCUUUCGCCGAGAUCGCUCGUGUGGUUUCCGGUGCACUCGCACGAACGGACAACAUCCCCCGCGGCGCCGUCCAGCUGGUUCAAACCCGGGACGAGAUCAGCGCGCUUUUGAAGCAAGACCGUGACAUCGACAUGGUUAUCCCACGCGGAUCGAAUGCCUUGGUUAGAAAUAUCAAGGAGAACACCAAGAUCCCGGUAUUGGGCCACGCGGAUGGGUUGUGCUCUGUUUACAUUCACGAGGAUGCGGAUGUGGAUAUGGCAUGCCGCGUCGUCGUCGACGCAAAGACGCAUUACCCAGCAGCCUGUAACGCGGCCGAAACACUGGUGGUGAAUGAGAAGAUCCUCACGACCACAUUCACCAAAGUUGCUAACGCAUUACUCGACGCCAAGGUUUCCCUUCGAUGUGAUGCUGCGUCUCUUGCCGCGUUGAAUGAGGUACCGGCGUUGUUGGCGGAGUACGCAUCCCAGAUCACGGCUUCGACACCGGAAGACUACGACACGGAAUUCCUCGAACUCAUUAUCGCUGUAAAGACCGUUCCCUCCCUCCCUGCGGCAAUCCACCACAUCAACACCCACAACUCCGGCCACACCGACUCCAUCCUCACUUCCUCCGCCCCCACCGCGCAACAAUUCAUGUCAGCCAUCGACGCGGCCGGAGUCUACUGGAACGCGUCCACCCGGUUCGCCGAUGGAUUCCGGUAUGGUUUCGGGGCAGAGGUUGGGAUAUCUACGAACAAGGUGCAUGCGCGGGGGCCGGUUGGGUUGGAGGGGUUGAUGAUUUACAAGUAUCAGGUUAGGGGGAUGGGACACGUUGCUGGUGAUUUCGAUGUUGGGGGAAAGAGGUAUUUGCAUGAGAAGAUUGAGGGAGGGCCGACCAGACUUUAGACGGGGAAUGGUGGGUGAACCAUGAGAGAGCAUGGAUGGACAGCGAAGAAAAGGCCUAGGAUUGCGCGUGUGAAGGCCGUCAUAUCUACGGACCAAGUGAAUAGAUCAUACCUUUCGUCCAUUG